AUGAGAAUCCUAUUUUCAUUUUGUUUUACAGAGAAAAAUAAAGCUUUUCACGGACUCCUUUCUAAGCUAAACCUGCAGGAAUACCAAAGCACGAAGCUCGGGCUGCGGGAUGUCCUGGAAAUUGGCUCAGAAAGUAAAGAAAACUGGACUCCUCAGAUGUUAGAGGAUUUACCGUGGCAUUUCCUGAGGAAACUAAUGACUCUGAAUGGGACAGCCAGAAACACAAGCCUUGUGCAAAGAGCAUGUGAUGAUGAAGGUGGCAGUGAGGAGGCACAGAUUGCAGGUGGAGAUGUUUUUAGUUUUAGUGACACUGACAUCAGAGAGUCUCUGCACCCCCUCGAUCUUCUCUGUGCUGUUCUGCUUUGCUCAGACAGUUUCCUACAGCAGGAGAUCCUGUCCAAAAUGUCCAUGUGCCAGUUUGCCCUCCCUCUGUUGCUACCUUGCAUCAACACCCCCAAGUGCACCCUAAUGCUGUGGGCCAUGAGGGACAUUGUGAGCAAGUGGAGGCCGCACUCCGUGGCAGAGAGCAGAGGGUUCAGAGAGGAGAGCCUGGUGCUCACAGCAAUGCCAACCAUUUCCUUUGUGCGGUUGGGGAGCUGCAGCUUCUCCAAGUCCAAACUCCUCAAUGAGGUUCUCAGCCCCUCCGAGCAGCACCACAAUUUCUUUAUCCAUCAUGACAUGGAGUCUGGGCAUGUCCCUCGGGAAAUCGCAGAUGGGCUGGUUGAGAUUUCCUGGUAUUUCCCUUGUGGGAGGGAGAAUUCAGAUCUUUUCCCAGAACCCGUCGCGGUUACAAACCUGCGCGGAGACAUUGAGUCCCACUGGCUGCAAUUUAGCUUUAUAACUGUCGUCUCUUCAGCAGUGUUCAUAGUUACUGAGAGCAUCAGUGAGAGGCAAUAUGCAUGGUUAUCAUCUCUGCAGGGAUCAGCCACUAAAUACUACUUCAUUCUCAAUUGCAAGAAUGGAAAUCCCAAGGAAACAUUGGGAUUCCUUAAUAAGUUGGUUCCAGUGCUGAAUCUGAGCAAAUCACAACUACUGAAGAAAGACAGCACCACAAAUAAUGCAGGAUUUGUGCAAAAACUGAAAUCUGCCAUAAAAAACAUAACGAGUUCACCUUCCAAGAGAAUGAAUUUGGAAGUCAUGGCUGUGACCGCACGUGAACUAGGAAUCCAGGUAGAUGAGGACCGAAAGGAAUGUCAGAGUGCAAGCGAGCGGGCUAGAGAAAUCACUGUGGAAAUAAAAGAUGUGGCAAAGUACAAGACGGAAAUGCUGAGGCUGCAGGGGGAUCUCUGGGAAAAAUUGGCUAAAGUGGAAAAAGAACUGUGCAGAAUGAGAAAGCAAGGGGAGACUGCCACCGAAGACUAUAAAUGUCAACUGAGAGAGAAACGGUUGGAAUUACGUAUACAGCAGGAUCAAUGUGGCCUUACUGAUGGACUGAUUAAAUUUGUUAAUGGAAUAGAACAAUUGCCUUCAGUGGAGAAACAUUACUUUCUGAAAUGGAUGAAGUUUAGCCUGGAUCACACUGCUCGAGAUAACAGUUUCCUACAGCAGGAGAUCCUGUCCAAAAUGUCCAUGUGCCAGUUUGCCCUCCCUCUGCUGCUACCUGCCCUCGACACCCCCAAGUGCACCCUAAUGCUGUGGGCCAUGAGGGACAUUGUGAGGAAGUGGAGGCCCCACUCCCUGGCAGAGAGCAGAGGGUUCAGAGAGGAGAGCCUGGUGCUCACAGCAAUGCCAACCAUUUCCUUUGUGCGGCUGGGGAGCUGCAGCUUCUCCAAGUCCAGACUCCUCAAUGAGGUUCUCAGCCCCUUCCAGCAGCACCAUGAUUUCUUCAUCCAUCGGGACAUGGAGUCUGGGAACGUCCCUCGGGAAAUCGCAGAUGGGCUGGUCGAGAUUUCCUGGUAUUUCCCUGGUGGGAAGGAGAAUUCAGAUCUUUUCCCAGAGCCCGUCGCGGUUACAAACCUGCGCGGAGACAUUGAGUUGCACUGGCUGCAGUUCAGCUUUUUAACAGUGGUCUCCUCAGCAGUGUUCAUAGUUACUGAGAGCAUCAGUGAGAGACAAUACGCACUGUUAUCAUCUCUGCAGGGAUCAGCCACUAAAUACUACUUCAUUCUCAGUUGCAAGAAUGGAAAUCCCAAGGAAACAUUGGGAUUCCUUUAUAAGUUGGCUCCAGUGCUGAAUCUGAGCAAAUCAAAACUACUGAAGAAAGACAGCACCACAAAUAAUGCAGGAUUUGUGCAAGAACUGAAAUCUGCCAUAAAAAGCAUAACGAGUUCACAUCCCAAGAGAAUGAAUUUGGAAGCCAUGGCUGUGACCGCAUGUGAACUAGGAAUCCAGAGCUACUCCGAGAACAAGUGCGAGGAAGCAAUUCGAAUUCGAAAAGGCCAGCUCAAGACAGAAAAUAUCCAGACCUCAUACAUGCAGCUAAUUGAAGGGAAAGUUGACAGGGUCUUGGAUGAAUGUAGGAACUAAAAACAUAAACUAGAGCAUGAGGAACUGAAAUUAGAAUUUGAAAACAUGUGGAGAGAAACACUGUCAGAGUUGGAGUUCAGCAGUUUACAGAAACAUGAAAUUUAUCGAGAGAUGGAGUCCCAGUUGAGAAAGGACCUGGCAAAUCGAGGGAGUGCCGUCAGGCAGAAGCUACAGGAAUCAGGUAGUUUGUUGUUUCAUGGAAUUGACAAUUUCAGAAUGAAAAAGGAGUAUCUAGAUUCAGCAUGGAUCAAAACUAUGAAAAAACUGUUGUUCAUAGGGGAAUGUGAAACAGCUGUUCACACAGAAGAACUUGCUAAAUCCUUAAUAGAUGAGGGUAAAAGAUACACUGAAGAAAAGGUAAAUUCCAAAGUGGACUAUGAUGAAAUCUAUUGCACAGAAUUGUUGAACAUAAUCAACAAAAGGCUCCAACAGGAGGAUGUUAAAAAACUUGGCACUACUGCUUGCUUUGAAGUUGACCUGAAAAUUCAUAUUUUGGGGGAGGCAGCUUGGAGCUUUCAGAAGAUGCAUGAAGAUUUUAUCAAACAAAAUGAUCCUCAGUGUCGUUUAGAGAAACUGAAACCUCAGUAUUUCUCCACAUUUACUGACCUGUAUUUGGAAAAAGAUGAGAACCAAACAAGGGCCAGGGAUUUCUGUAAUCAAUGUCUCAAACCCGCCUUGGUGGAUUAUAUCAACAAAAGACUAGGCAUAGAGAUAAUAGAUGACAUUCUCAGCAAGGCAGAGUCCGUUGAAUAUGGCAGCCGGACCUUCUUCCAGUUCGCUGUACAGAAAAAGCUUCUGGAGGAGAUGAAUUUUGAUAACUAUGUGAAAUAUAUUACAAACUAUAAAGAAUUUGUCAAAAUCUGGAUUCAGAGGCGUAUUAUGGAUCAUUACAGGGAGACUAAGCAUUUGGGAGAGUUGGAGAAAAACAUUCUAUCUACAAUAGUAAAGAAAGUGAGGGAAGUUUUGGAAAGCUCCAAAAAUGAAAAAAAUACCACAGCCUUAGCAUUUUUAAAGAACUUUUGUGAAGCGCUGCAGCAGGACCUAGUCAUUUCCAAGGACAACUUAGUUGGGAUACAGUUUAAAAACACAGCAAAAACAGGCCAGUUUUGUGCUAAUAUUCAAACCUUUCUUCUGGAUCUGGAACAAGAAAUCUUAUCCCAAUUUGGUGAUUUGGAUAUUCACACCAAACUCUCCAAUCUGUCAUUAAAACCCCAGGAUGUAAUUUUUAAGCGAGUGUUUGGCUGUGGCAAGCAGUGUCCAUUUUGUAAAGUCCCCUGUGAAGCAGGAGGCAGUGACCACAAGGAGCAUUUUGCAUCUGUGCAUCGGCCACAAGGAUUAUGCAGUUACGGGUAUCUUGAUACACAAAAACUUGUCUAUGAUAUAUGCUCAUCUAAAGUGGUUUCUGAGAACUCAUUCCGAAAUUUAGACACAAAAGGGAAAUUUCAUCCCUACAAAGAUUAUCGCGUCUAUUACCCAGACUGGCGCAUUCAGCCAGAUCCCAGCAUUGAGGCUUCUGAUUACUGGAAGUUUGUUUUUCAGAAGUUCAAUCACCAGUUCGCUAAAAGUUAUAAUGCUAACCCAGCAGACCUCCCAAGAAACUGGGGGAAAAUAACUGAAACACAGGCACUGGAGGGCCUAAAGAAAGCCUUUAACAUGAAAUAAAAACAUGGUGAGAGCCUGCUGAAAUGGAAUGCACAUAUAUUUAAAUGUUUUAAAACUUUCCUUAAUUUUAAAAAAUGGCAAGUUAAAAAUAUUCUGUAUUGUAUUUUUUUUAA